AUGAUGCUCUCACAUAUCUCCCCAAGGCCAUCCUCCGCUCAAACAGAAUAUCCUGCCCCAUUUUCCCGGCCACUUAUGGCAACCGGCGGCAGCCACAACAGCAACAACAAAGAUAGAAGUAACAACGACGGCGGUCAACCUGAGGAUGCAGCCUAUGCACUGCUCCUCCAAGAAAACAAAAUGCUCAAGAUAACCAUCUUGGAGCUACAAAUUGCGCAAUGCCGCAACUUGGCUUUGAUCGACUGUUUUGGUAACGGUCAGGUCAACGGCCCCGAAAAUGGACCGCCAUCUCAGAGGCAGGGGGUGUUGAGAAAUCGGAUGGAGGAGCUAGAGGCUAGGCUUCUAAAGAUGAGGGAGGAAGGUUAUGAGAAUACGGGGCUGCAGAGGAACAAUAAUGGAUGA